GAUACCUGACCGAGACAAGCGGCAGAAAGGCUCGUACACCGAGAGAGAACGGUGGACUCCAUUGCUGUCCCGAGUGUGUUUCUCGUCGGCCGUGUCCGUAUUGCGUGUCUGUCCGCGCUUUCGUGCACACGAGUUUUUCUAUCCCUCCACGUUCGCCCCCGGGCAAAACUGUGAAACCACCGGUAAACCUUUGUGUCUAGUGUCCAAGCGAUAUCCGAAAUCGUCAAGCGUACCGAGACGUAAAACGGGCCAAAAUGGCUGAUCAACUCACAGAAGAACAAAUUGCAGAAUUUAAGGAAGCAUUCUCGCUAUUCGACAAAGAUGGAGAUGGUACCAUUACAACCAAAGAGUUGGGUACAGUUAUGCGAUCGCUAGGUCAAAAUCCUACAGAAGCAGAACUUCAGGAUAUGAUCAAUGAAGUGGACGCAGAUGGUAAUGGCACAAUCGAUUUUCCGGAGUUCUUAACCAUGAUGGCUCGCAAAAUGAAGGACACUGACAGCGAGGAGGAAAUUAGGGAGGCCUUCAGAGUAUUUGAUAAGGAUGGAAAUGGUUUCAUAUCUGCAGCGGAACUUAGACAUGUUAUGACAAAUCUCGGCGAGAAACUUACCGACGAGGAAGUAGAUGAAAUGAUUCGGGAGGCUGACAUUGAUGGCGAUGGUCAAGUUAAUUAUGAAGAAUUCGUCACAAUGAUGACAUCAAAGUGAAUGCAACCUGUGUAAUGGAAAAACUUGCAACUCGGAGUGGUGUUGACGUAUUAAAAUAAAUCAAGAAACAAAGAAAAAAUAAUGUUAACAGAAAGCGAAUCGACCAGAAAGUGAAAAAAAAUCUUAUAUCUGGGCGCAAUGAUGUCUAUAAAACGCGAAAAGUCAACGUCCAACACGCGUUAAUCAUCAUUAACGAUAAGUAAUACAGGGCAAUUGUUUAAUUAAAGAGUUAUACCACUAAAAUCAUUAUCUUUAAAUACACAAAAUACUUAACCACACACAACAUGAAACAUAAAAGGUACAUAUUACACGCGCACAUACACGGAUACAACAAAUAUACAGCACACAUACAAAACAGACACGUACGAACACAAAAGAUGAUUUAUUUCCGUAUAAAAGAGUAUAAUUAAAAUCGUUAGAGAGAGAUAUAUAUAUAUGUAUAAAAAAAAAACAGACGCGCGCAUGUUUGUUGAUGAUAAAAAGUAAAUAGUAUGUUCUCUUACUUUCAUCUCUUUUUGGCCUUUUCCUGUUUCUUCUAUGCACGCGUGAGCGAAAAUUCUUUCCUACAAGUUUGCUUUAUCGAUUCUGCUACUUUCCAACGUACUAAGACAAACUCGAUCGAUAGGCGGGGAGAGAGGAAAAGCGUUAAAAGAAAGGAAAGAUCUACGAGCUAUUAUAACGUAUCGUGUAAGUUCGUUUAUUGAUCGAGAUAGAUUGAGAUUUGUUUUAUUUGUUUCUCGAUCGACGAAACGCACUUACGACGAAUGUCAUCGAUACAGCAUACGUCGUAGCAAAAUUUUAUCGGUAACGUAUAUAUAUAUAUAUAUAUAUUUAGCGUAUACUUGUUUUAUUACAUUAAAGAAAAUUCGGAUUAGAGAUCGUUUUCCAGAGUUCGAAAAAAAAACAACGGCUUCGACCUUUGGCUUCUCGAUGAUUCCGUAUACACUGGAUUUCUUGUUGCGCCAUAGCGGAUAACUUUAAUUCCUCUAAUAAACCAAGAAAAAUUUAUCAAUAAAAAAAGUGUACGAGGAUGAGAAAAAGAAAAGAAAGUGAAGAAACCUUGAGAUGCUCGGGAAUACAUGUAGUGCUAUCUCGGACCCUACGUUUACGUAGAGCCUGAAGAAUCUACGAAUCGAGUCGUAUCGAAGUCUCGACAUUCCUAGUGAAGAACUUUCUCUAUGCUUUUUCAAACUUCGUUAUGCCUUCAAUCUAUAUAUACAUGACACGCAUUAUACACAAAAGAAACACAUAAAACACAUUUCACCAAGUGCGUUCUGUAUCCAAUUUCAUUCUAAUCUCCCGUUUGUAUCUUGUCUCCACUGAGAAAGCCUUAAAAACAAAGAGAGAAAAAAAAGAACUCGCGCGCGCGUUACACAACGUCGACACCACUUUUGUUGAAAUAUAAAAAGAAACAACGGAGAAUUAGGGAUGAGGGAUUAAAAGGAGUCAAGUCACAGUGAUCGGUGCAUUAUAUUUUCCUUCGCCCAGGGGUGCGUGCCAGUCUCGUAAGCGGAGCAACUAGAACCGGAGAAACUGGUGUGAUUUGUGCGAUUCGUACGAUAAUGUUACUUAAGAACUAAGAGUAAAGAACAGACACCGAACAGUGGGAACACAUGCGUGUGCCGUCGGUGGUUCAGUCAUAAUAUAUAUGUAAUAUAUAUUAUAUAUACAUAUGUAUAAUAUAUAUGUGUGUAUGUAUAUAUAUGUGUAAAAUCUAUUAUACGUAUAUAUAUAUACGCGUAUAUGUAUAUAUAUAUAUAAAACUAAUUUACGACAAAAAAAAAAGGAAGAAAAGAAGAAAGAAACAAUUCCUCCACAGUCCUUUAUUAUUUAAUAUUGAAGUGAACAAAAUGAGAAGUACUUGUAUUUCUGGUGACCUAGAUCGCAUUGAUCAUAAAAAGACAAAAUAAAUGUAUCUUCAUUUGUAGGUCACAACUACUCAAUUCGUUUCCUUCAUUAACCAAUGGACCUCUCGUUUCAGCCGUUUUUAUCUCAUCGUCAUUUUUCGAUGGCAUCUAGAAAUAGUUUGCCGACAGAUGUAUAUGUAUAAUUCACUGUCAACAAGAUUCGCGUUAACAUAUCCUUCGAAGUUUCACUAAUUCAGAAACCUUUCAUAAAGAUUGAGGUGUACGAAUUCACGAAAAGAGCUCUUUAAAUAUUUUACUUCACUUGCGAUCGUUCUGAUAGCUGUUAUCGUUAUUGUGAACAAAAAAAAAGUUAAAAAAUUAGCGAUUCCGCGGCGAAAAUGUUCUCACUUUGUAAAAAAAGUAAAGAAGAAUCGCGACGAAGUCCUUUUGUAAAUGGUGAUAUAGAGUUUAUUCGAAAAACAUCCCUAUUUAAAUGCUUAACAGUUAUUGCUCGUUUCAUCGAUCAUUGACAGUUAGUGUCUAAGUCUAAGUUAUAAAGAAUAUAUUCCAGUAUUUAAUAUUAAUUUUAUAUUCGUGUCGCCAAUUAUACAUACUCUAAACUAAUUUUUCCGUAUUUAAGAAGAAGAAGAAGAAGAAAAAAUGAUUUACGAGAGUUCCCUGCAUGCGAGCGUCGAGAACCGAUACUAAGUUUAAAAAAAAAAAAAAAAAGAUCAGCAUUGUGUCUUGAGAGCAACCGUAGCUGGAGAUCAGUGGUAAAAAAGAAUCGCGUUCUGGCUUUUCCAAAAAUCGUUUCUCGAGACGUUCGUUCUUCACAAAUAAAUAGUUAAAAUUCUAUUCGAGUCACUCUUGUUCUCAAUCCUUCCUUCGAAAAUAUAUGAAAUAUAUUCAGUGCGAUAUUUAUGAAGCUCCGUCGUGACGCGAAUAAGAAAUUAUUUAUUUUCUAUGUUUACCCUUGAUUCUAAUAAAUGUAACUAUCCAUUCGGCUAAAAGAAAUUCUCGCUACACGUUUAUUUCUCCUGUAUCUGAAAUAUGUACGUUCAUUAUUUCUAUUGUAUGUGAGAUUCUUCUCUACUAUAUCAAAGGCAUACUUCACUUAUCGUGCGUGACGAAGCGACACAGUUUGUAUAAAAUGUUGAUAUUAAGUUAAUAAAUUGUUCCCACAUAUUAAACGAC